UCUAAAAUGAAGAAACCCCGAACUUUUGAGGAGCAAACGGAAUGCAUAGUGAACUCUCUACUCACAGACUUCUUGGGUCCCACUUCACAGGUUGCUAACCGGGCCCUACCUUUUGCAGACGAAACAGAUUCAGGAGAGGUUAGCUCUUUUGACGUGGCCAUCAUUGCUGGUCGCCUUCGGAUGUUGGGUGACAAGUUCAAUGGAGAAUUGGAAGCGUCUGCCAAAAACGUCAUCACAGAAACCAUUCAGGGACAGGCAGGAGCUAUACUUCAGGACACAGUAAACUCUCUCAGCAAGGCCUGGUGUGCCCAGGAUUCCAACUUGGCUUAUGAGAGAGCCUUUUUGGCAGUGUCAGUGAAGCUUCUCGAACAUGUGGCCCGCAUGGCUCCUGAGAUGGCAAGGCAGGUGGCUACACCCAUAACAAGCAUGAUCAACAGGAACACUGCCAUCCGAGACUAUAUCGAGGGCCAGGGAGGCUGGGAAAACCUGGAGAGCUGAAGAAGAGGUGGAGCUGUUUCCCAGCCUGAACAGGACUUCUUUGACUGAUCGGGUGAUUGAUCUCUGGAAAUUAAAACAGAAACAACCAAAUUAAAACCCUCUUUCUCUUGGACGGAACUGAACUUAGCUGAAUAAUCUAUUUUCUACUGAUUGUUAAAAUUAGGAGCAGCUUCUAGAGGUCUACAGAGAUUUUAUACUUUCUAUUUUUGCAUGAGUUUUAGUGAGGUUUUGUUGAAGCAAAGACCUCCAGACGCAAAGUAAAAACUUGUUAAUAGUGGAAUUCCAGGCAACAGGGCAGGCGUUUGCUGGCGAUACUGUGGGAAAAACGGAGCACACAGUAAACCAUUCCUUCAUAUUUAGUCCUGUCCUCUGGUAAGGAUCUCAUCUACUAAUUUUGCAGUCUGAAGGGUUUCAGGGAGAUCUUUGGUUAGAAAACCUUGAUAUUUUAAGUUGAGGAUUUUCUUUUAAAUUCAUAACCUAAAUCUCAUAUUAAUUUCACCUGAGCCAAAUUAUUUUAUGUAUUUUCAAGACUGGAAGCAAAAAAGUAGCAGUUUGUUUAUCUGCUCUUCUACUAGAAAGUCCAAAGAGCGAUAAAACAGAGCAUUUUUAUUCCACAGGAUGCAGGAAGUGCUGGCCCACUUCUGUGACAGUAGGGCCAUCCCAGCCUAGAUGAGGCGAGCUUUGUACUACAGUGUUUUUCAAAAUGCAGCUCACAUACCACUUGUGGACCUUAUACAUUGCCAAUUUCCAGGCCCCAUCCCUAGAGAUUCUGAUUCUAUAGGGGUGGGCUGGGGUCUAGGAUCCUACCCUUUAAUCAGUUCCACUGGUGAUUCUGAUGUAUGUAUAAAUUUUGAGAACAAUCACUUUAGAGCAAGGGUUGGGAAAUUAGAGCCCACAGGCCAAAUCAUCCCACUGCUUAUUUUUGGAAAGAAAGUUUUAUUCGAAUGCAGCUACACUGACUUGUUUACAUAUUAUUUAUGGCUGUUUUAGCAUUGCAGCAGCAGAGUUGAGUAGUUAUGGCAGACACCAUAUACCCUGUCCUGUAAAGCUUAAAAUAUUUACUAUCUGGCCCUUUAAGUUUGCAGACCCCUGCUCUAAAGCUAAAUGAACACUUCUCCUUGAGUAGCUUAAACUCUGUUGCAAUCCUGAUAGUUCCAAACAGAACCAUAGAUAGGAUAACAUUUUCUUUUCCAGAAUUUAGUCUGAGUGUUUGUUAGUUCUUGCAUAUUCCACCCUUUCUCUAGAACCGUUGGCAAAAGGAGCUCUGUGACUCCUAAGUAUUUGAUAGAGGGUAUAUAUUUCCCUGGCCCUGCCACAAGUGAUUGGAAGUAAAGCAUAUAGUUUCUAUGGUCUGUGUAUCUCAUAGCAGUUCCUAAUAAUCUCAUAGAUUAGUAGGCAAUCAUAAAGUAGAGACCUCUUCAUCUUUAAGCCCCCAAAGCAUACGACUUACCUGAACAUCAAGAAGAAAAGCAUUACUAUAUCUAUUUUUAAAAGAGAGGCAUUAAUGGCUUUGGCUAGAGUUUAACAAAACUAACCACAACCCCUCCCUUCAACCAGCCUGCCAUCUGGCUCCCCUAGAUGCACAGAGGUAAAGCUGUGGUGCUAUUAAUAUAUUUGACUUUUUGAAGUUAUGCUAUUUCCUCUAUUCUUUGAUAAAUCACAAUUAGGUUAGUAAUCCAGAAAUGAGAUUUCAUGUUUCUCUUUAGUAGAAAUUAGCUUUCUUUGCUACUAAUUUAAGACACCUGGUGUAUUCUUUUGUCCCUUACAUUACUGUAAGCUCAACAUGGUGCGUUUGUGGUAUUUGACCUCCUAGGUGAAAUCAGUAUUUUCACUUUGACUAAUGCUAUUCUGUUCAUGAAAUAGAAUUCUUUUCUCUAUGCAUUUGAACUAAUUCUCAGCAAGUGCAAUCUAAAUUGAAUGAUACAGAAAUAGCAGAUUGGUAGUUACCAGGGGCAGGGGUUGCAGGGUGGGGUGGAGGAAAUAGGUGAAGGUGGUCAAAGGGUGCAAACUUCUUAUGAGAUGAAAAAGUUCUGGGAAUAUAACAUAUAGUAUGGUGACUAUAGUUAACAAUACUGUGAUGUAUAUUUGAGUUGCUUAGAGAGUAGAUUUUUAAAGUUCUCAGCACACACAGAAAUUGUAGCUAUAUAAGGUGAUAGAUGUGUUGACUAACUUUAUUAUGGUGAUCAUUUUACAAUAUAUACAUAUAUCAAAUCAUUACAUUGUAUACCUUAAACUUACACAAUGUUAUAUCGCAAUAAAACUGGAAAAAAUUAAUUAAACAAUAAAUAUUGGAGACCAGCAGCCCCCUCUUUUUCUUUUCUUUCCCCUCUUAGCCAUACCAGCUCCCUUUUUUGUCCUAUAUUGCCCACAAAACAUCAGAAUGUGAAUCUAGCUCCAAGAAUACUGUAGUAUCUUUUUUUUUUUUCUUUUCUUUGUUUGGCUGUGCCUCACAGCUUGCAGGAUCUUAGUUCCCCAUCCACGGACUGAACCCGGGUCACAGCAGUGAAAGCACAGGGUCCUAAGCACUAGACCUCUAGGGAAUUCCCCUAUACUAUAGUAUCUUGAGAUGGAGGCUAUGGUGCCCCUGGGGAGUAUACCAGGCAAAUGGGUAAAGCAGCUCUGGCCUGGGUGUUGUGUUUAUUGUUAGGCAACCCUCUAUCCUAGGAGAGUUGAAGUGAUUUGGGCUGCAGGAAGAAGACACUGUGGCCCAGUGCCCAAGAUGUAGCCUAAAUGCCCAAGAAUGCAUUUAGAUUGUUUGAUUUUUAACAACUUAGUUUCAUCAUAGGCAACUCAUGUGACAUUGGGCAAGUAAUCCAAUUUCUUUCUGCCUGUGUUUCCACAAUAGGGUUAUUGUGAGGGAAAAUUAUACAAUACACUUUGUAAAGGGCUUAGCCCAGUGCCUGGAAUAUUUUAAGCACUGCUUAAACAAUUUGGAGCCCCGGUGAUUUAGAAUUCAUUAAGUUCUAGCUUGACUUUUUUCUCUCCAUUAACUCUGCCUCCCACAAAGGCAAGCCAAUCUUAGUUUACUUUUCACCUCAAUGUGAGUGAAUCCUAAGUCUGACUUAUUUUCCUUCUUCCUAAAUCCAUAUCCACCAACUCUGAUUAUUUCCAUCGAACUUUCUUAUCCCCACACUUUCCCAGAUUCCCAUCCAACUAGCUCAAGUCCUCAGUCAUUUUUCCCUUCUCCUUCUCUCCAGUCCUACUCCCCCAGUGAGUCUUUCUCACUUAUUCCUUCCUUUUGUCCUGACUCUCCCUGCAAGAGUUUAUUACCACCUGCUUGGACAGCUUGGUAAAGUCUUCUAGUUAUGUUUUCAAUUGAUUAUCCAGUUGCAAGCUUGCCCCAUUCCAGUCUGUCCCAUGUAUUGCCACCCAAUUGGCCAAAGGUGUGAUUUCUUUGUCCCUUGUUUUGAUUCAUUUUUAGAUAUGGUAUAAAUCAUUUUGAAAGUUUACAUUCUACUGAAGGAGAUUUUGAGACUUAAAAAAAAAAGUAUCAGAAGGGGGCAUUUACUUUUUUAAAACUAUCAUUUUCCCAAAGCAUCACUUUGAUUACCAUUCUCUGAAAGUCUUUCCAUGGAACUUUUGAAGAUAAGUGGAUCUAUUCAUCAUCUUGACAGUGGUGAUGUUUUCAUGAUUGUGUAUGACAUGCCAAAGCUUAUCAGACCUACACUUUGAAAUGUGUAGUUUAUUGUA